GAAAUCUCCCAUACGCACUAUUCGCGGCAAUUUGUCAGGCAACACCAGAUUUCCGACGCUUGCUGAUUGUCCCUGGAACCCAUCUGGCAGACCAUGGCUGAUUCGCUGGCCCGAGUCCGGGUCGAGUUGCCGGAAUUGUAUCAGAUUCCAAUACAAUCGGCCACAUUCAGGUUAUUUGAGUUCUUUACCACCACGUUGUUUCGACGUCUCAGCCAUAAGAAAAAUUUCUCACGCCACGAGUAUGAGUUUAUUGCCAAGGAAGUGGCAGUGCCGGCUGUUGUGGUUCAGAAGAGCCAGUCUCUUCUUCCUGGAGUCUGGGUUGUCACAAGUGCUCGCUGGCCUGUACAUUUUGUGCCUUUGGUUCAGAGCUUGGAGUUCAAGGGUUUGCAAAGUUGGCGGUACUUUAUCGCCUUUCGACAACACACAUUUACAGCAGUAUACCAAGACAACAGGAGCAAGUCCAACGUUACAAAUGGAAAAAAGUUUCCCUCGAUCAUGCCUUUCUUGCUCACUAUGAUUGAUGAUUGGUGUGGCAAUAUGUCGUGAUCAAGCAGGUCGUGCGACUGAUAAUGUAGCCCCUCUUAGGUAGAAGUCGUGC